GGCCCUCCGGCCACUUCCCAGGUAAGGAGGACCAGGAGGGCUCUCCCCAGCACCACAGCAGCACCAUCUCUAGCUUCACAGAGACCCUGUGAGCAGGCGCCGUCCCAUCCCCUGUUCCACAGAAGGGAAACUGAGGCUCGGCCAGCCAGCCAACUUGGCCCUGUCUGCAGGGUUAUUCACUUUCCCGAUGCUUCUUUCCAGGCAGGCCUAUGCCCCUGUCCUAAGAAGGGGGCCUGUGACAAGCCCGAAGCCCUGGGUCCCACCCGACUGCCCUCCUGUGCUGGGUGACCUGGGCAGGUCUCUUCCCCUCCUUGAUCCUCGACUGUAUGACCAGCGGCCCUUCUCCCCAUCUUCCUGGGUAGUGGGACCUCAGCAGGGCCAUCGCUCCAGGACUCCCAGGCCCCUGGGUGGGUGUGGGAUGAGUUCUGGCUCUCGGGGGAAUUCCUUUCUGGGCGGGGCGAUGGCUCACGUGCGCUCACCACUUUUUAUGGGGUCACAUCCUGCUAUUUCCGUCUGGAAUGGUACUUACCUACCAUGGAGCCUGAAACUUGGUUUUCCACAUUUUUCUAAAUUGGCCCUUGUGCAGAAAAGCGACUCCCCUGGCUGGGGUGACAAACUCAGUCCUGGUGAGGAGGCCCUUCCUACUCCCCUCACCUCGCUGCUGCUGGUCACCCCCAAACUCCAGAGCCGUGCUCACCUCCUUGGAUUCCCUGCUUCCCCCUCCCCAUGCCAAGCCCAGCCUCCUCCUCCUGCCCCAGAGACCCCUCCUGAGCGAAGUUGUGGGGCCCUCAGGGUCAGGACUCCAAGUCCUGUGUCACGGCAGAGAACACCCCAGCUGAUUGGUGACAGGCCUGGAAGCAAGGGUGGGGCCCUGAGCCCCAAGACGGGCUGUGUGGCCUUGGUCAGGUCACAGCCUUGCAGCCCAGCAUCACGGCCUCUCACACCCCUCCAGGCCCACGUGCCUGAGAUGUCACUCAGUCACACACACAGGCUCCAGCCCCACUCCCCACCCCCAUGCAGGCACAUGGAGGGCACACAUGCACACACAGGAACAUGUACACACAUACAGGAACAUACACACAUGCACGGGGACACACACACAGGCACAUCCCCCAGCCGCCAGGAUGCCACUUUUUCAUUAUCCUACAUGUUGCUUCUGCAAUAAAAUAAUUAAAACAUGAAUAUUCAAAUGGUAAAUGCUGGAGAGGGUGUGGAAAACAGUGAA